UCAAUACGUGUACGAAAUGGAUAGUAAUUAAGCAAUUAUAUAUCAAAAUAUACCUAUUAAUUUUGUUUUUUUUAACUACUUGCUUACUACUUUUUUAUAUUUUUUUAUCUUGUUUUAGUUAAGCUAUAUAAAUUACAAAUUAUAUUUAAUGUAAUUUCUUUAACGAGCAAUUUGAUAAUUUCAGAAAAUACUUAAUUGUGUUUAUUCUAAAACUCAAUAUGCUUAUAAUAUUUAUGCACAAACUUAGUUGACAGACUUUAAAACAUAACCAAUAUAAUGAAAUCUGUUUUAUCUUUUUUUGGCUUGGUGGUCAUUACCAUGACAGUUUGUGAUCAACCAUUCACAGGGCCAUUUAUGAGUAAAGAAGAAAAACAAGAACUUAUGAAUGAGGCCAAAGAAAUGUUUUACCAUGCUUACAAUAAUUAUAUGGAAAAUGCAUAUCCAGCAGAUGAACUUAUGCCUCUAAGUUGUAAAGGACGUUGGAGAACAAAAGAAAACAAUCGUGGUGAUAUGGAUGAUGUCUUAGGAAACUACUCAUUAACUUUAAUUGAUUCAUUAGACACUCUUGUAGUUCUUGGAGAUUUACCUGAGUUUGAUAAAGCAGUAUCAAAAGUUGCUGCAGAUGUCUCUUUUGAUAGAGAUGUUGUUGUUUCAGUUUUUGAAAUAAAUAUUAGGGCUCUGGGAGGGUUACUAUCUGGUCAUAUUUUUGCACAUCAUUUUAAAGAAAAUUCAAAUUAUUUGCAAUGGUAUGAUGGAGAACUUUUAAAUAUAGCCAAAGAUUUAGGGUAUAGAUUACUGCCAGCUUUUAACACUACUACUGGUAUACCAUAUUCCAGGAUAAAUUUAAAGUAUGGAAUUAAAAAAGAUCAAUUGCAUUAUCUUCAAGAAACAUGUACUGCAUGUGCUGGUUCAAUGAUUUUGGAAAUGGCUGCUUUAUCCCGUUUAACAAGGAUACCUAUUUUUGAGGAAAAAGCUCAUAAAUCAAUGGAUAGUUUAUGGAGUCUUAGACAUCGUUCUUCCAACUUAAUGGGUACUGUUUUAAACGUAGACUCAGGGGAUUGGAUACGAAGAGAUUCAGGUGUAGGUGCUGGUAUAGAUUCAUAUUAUGAAUAUUGUUUGAAAGCAUAUGUUCUUCUCGGCGAAAGCCGAUAUUUAUCAAGGUUCAAUAAGCAUUAUAGCGCAAUUAUGAAAUAUAUCAGUCAAGGACCAAUGUUACUAGAUGUUCAUAUGCAUCGGCCACAGAUAAAUUCAAAAAAUUUCAUGGAUGCAUUAUUAGCAUUUUGGCCAGGUUUACAAGUACUUAGUGGUGAUAUAAAACCAGCAAUAGAAACACAUGAAAUGUUGUACCAAGUUGUACAAAGACACAAUUUUAUUCCUGAAGCCUUUACCACUGAUUUUCAGGUUCAUUGGGGGCAACAUCCACUCAGACCAGAAUUCUUGGAAUCCACUUAUUUUUUGUAUAAAGCAACAGGAGAUCCCCACUAUCUAAAUGUUGGUCGAGAAGUUUUACAAUCUUUACAAAAAUAUGCUAGAGUUGAAUGCGGAUUUGCUGCUGUAAAGGAUGUUCGUACAUCUGCAAAUGAAGACACAAUGGAUUCAUUUGUGUUAGCUGAAACUUUCAAAUAUUUAUAUCUUUUAUUUGCUGAACAUGAUGAUCUUAUUAUCAAUAUUGAUGAAUACCUUUUUACUACAGAAGGACAUCUUUUACCACUCUCAUUAUCUGUGCAACCCCAAAACUAUACUGAUGCUGAUAAAAUUUUAGAUGAAGAUAUUGAAAUUCCUAAAAGGUCUUGUCCAAGUUUUGAUAAUUUACUUACUGAGUCUAUUAGAAAACCACUAAAAAAUAUGGUUGAUGGUCUUUGUCCUAAUGGUAAAUCAAGAAUUAGAGCUCGAGAGUUUGCUAAAAUCUUUCAAUUUGGUAAUGAAAAACAUAUGCAAAAAAUUAAAGAUAUGGGCAUUAUUGUUACUAAACUACCGAAUGGCCUCCCACUCCUUUUUAUGAAUUCAUCUCAUGAAAAUACUUUAGAUGAUCAAAUAGAUGGACAAGAAUUUUUAAGUGAGCUUAAUAUUAUUAUGAAGGAUGUUAAUCAAAAGGAUAAAAUUAAUUCUGCUAAAGGAGUAUCAUUUCAAAACAAAAAUGGAGAAAAGGUUGUUUUAUAUGCAGGUGCUGCAAAUUUUGGACUUCAAUUAAAUCUUGGCCUCAAAGUUUCUGCUCGUAUAGCAGUUGCAAAUCCUGUUAAAGGAUGUGAAACAUUAGUUAAUUCAAAAGUUGUUAAAGAAAAAAUUGUAUUAGUUGAAAGAGGAGACUGUAUGUUUAUUGAAAAGGCACGAAAACUACAAGAAGCUGGAGCUCUCGGAGGAAUUGUUAUUGAUAAUGCUACAGAUUCAUCAGUUAUGACAUCAAGAGCUUUUUCAAUGUCUGAUGAUGGCAUAGAUGAUGUCAAUAUUCCAUUGGUUUUUUUAUUUGCUUCUGAAGCUCGCCCAUUACUAGACAUUCUGAAUAGUGAUCCUGAGUUAUUAGUUACAAUCAGUGAACUACCAAAAGAAAAUGAAUUUGAGCUGGAUUCACAAAUGUCAAAUGCUGAAACUGUGAUAAAUAGUUCAAUGAAUAAGCUAAAAAAAAUUUUAGGGGAAAUUUUAUUAUCCAAUGAUCCUACGCAGGGUCGGGUUUCCGACUUACUUAAAUGGAAAGCUGAUGACAAUUCAUUAAACAAGGAAUCAUUUUUGAAUUUAUUAAAAGAAGUUUCAAAUCAAAUAAGCGAAAAAAAUAACGAUGAUAUUAUUAAAGUGGAUAAACUGCCAUCAACUAAGCAAAAAAGUUCUGAAAAUGAUACUCAUAGGAAAGUUGAUCCAGACGAAAAUUAACUCUAGUCAUUAAAAAAAUUAUUAUUUGUUUAUAUUAUAAAUAACAACAAAAUAUUGAUUAUUUUUAAUUAGUGUAACUCAUAUACAUAUUAUAACAUCAAUCUAAUUUAUAAUAAUUUCUUGUUAUUUAAUUUGUAAUUUUUCACGUUAUAACGUA